AUGAGUCGAAGAGGUUUCGGAAAUCCCCGUUCCGGUGGUGGAGGCCAUCGCGACGCCAAACAGCUAUCUCGCAACAAAAGUCGCUUCGCACGCCUCGAUCCAGACAUUCAGAGCAGAUACGACGAUCUUGAUGACGAACCGGCAGUACCAGUCCGUGCCAGUCUGACUACAACAAGCACUCGCGGACGUGGUGGCUCUUCAGGAAACAAUCCAUUCUCUCGUUCAACUCAAUCCGUCGCCAAUACCGGUGUUCGUAACGCUGACAUUGUUUUCAAAUGUCGUGCGGUCGGAGCUGCCAAAAAAAUCGAUGGGAAAUGGCUCAUCAAACAACUCAAUCAGAAAGUCGAAAACUUCAAACCUCUUCUUUGGGACGAGAACACUCGUGGUGACUUCGAGUGGUAUGUCCGUGACGAGGAUAUCGCUUCGGCAAUCAAGGCGAACAGUCGUCGUAUCCUUCACAAAGAGACUGGAACUAAAGUUGAACUGCUUUACGCAAGAGUACCAGCUCCAUGGAUGGCUUUAAAACGAACGGAAGUUGAAAUUAUCCACAAAGUCGUCGACAAACGCUACAACGCCGAGGCUCGCCUACUCAAUCUAUCCGAAUUCCAUGCCGACGAAGAGUUCACAUCCAAAGAUAUGCUCAUGAAUCUUACCAAAGGAAACGUGAUGCUCACAGUUCUCGACCACAUUGAUGACAAAUACGGAAACAUUGUUUCACUCUCCCUUGCAAAUAACCGCCUCCGCCACUUGGACUACGCUUCCGCCCUGGUUUCUAUUGCCAAAUUCGUCAAAGAAUUGGAUUUAAGUCACAAUCAUAUAACCGCCGAGAAAGACCUCGAGAAGUUCGCAGGUUUGCCCGUUGAGAAGCUGUUCUUCGAAGGAAAUCCAGUCGUCGAGACUUUCACACAAAAGUCUGCAUAUAUCAGCUAUAUUCACAAGACAUUCCCGAGAUGCUACCUCAUGGAUGGUGUCGAAGUGGAGCCGUUGGUCACUGGACCUGAAGUCAAUAUCAAUGAAGUUAUGCCAUUCAGAGCCGGAUACUACCCGAACGCUCAAAUCCGAGUUCUUGUCGAGCAAUUCGUCAUGUCUUUCUUCGAGCUUUACGACGGAAAAGAUGGACAAAGAACACGCAGAAGUCUCCACAAUGCAUAUGAUUCCGAUGCAUCUAUAUUCACAUUGACCGUCAAAAACUUAAGCGGAUCGAAUUUCCAGAGACAUCACAAUGACGACUGCUACCGUCAAUACGCCCAAUUAUCACACAACGUGCUGGAGCAAGAGCACUUUUCUCGCAAUCGGGCUGCUCGACAAGCUCGCGGAGCCAUGGAUAUCGCAGUGGCUCUGUCGAAAUUGCCAACAACUCAUCAUAUGAAAGAGACCUUCAUCGUUGACGUCUACAUGCUCACCAAUGAGCUGCUAGGAUUCACAGUUCAAGGACUUUUCCUGGACGGAGACCUUACCCAAGAACCAUCUCCAAAUUACUUCAGCAGGUCUUUCCUUGUCUCACCGAGAGAGAAUGACUCUGUCGCCGUUCUCUCAGAUCAGCUCUUCAUCUCCACCGCAUCAGUAGAGCGAUUGGAGAAGUUCAAGAAGCUCUACGAUCAAUCGAUUGUCAACGGAGCCGCCGUAGAGCAGAUCAGUGCUGUCCAAAUCGCGCAAAUCGGUGUUAAUGGAAUCGGAUUCGAUGGUGCUCCUCCACCAGAGACCCGGAAAGCAAUGACGGAGGCCAUGUGUCAGUUCAGUGGAAUGAUCGCUCCGUACAGCGAGAAAUGCCUGGCUGACUGCAACUGGAACUUUGAUUUCGCAUGUGCAAAGUUCACAGAGAUCAAGGCAUCAAUCCCAAUAGAGGCGUUUGCCCAGUAA